AUGAGCUCGGCAACCGUGCUCCAGCGCCCUCCAGAGGCGUCUCCGUCCUCCGCGGAGUUGGCGGCAGGCGAAUCUGCCCAACACAGUCGCGACCUGUACGCGCAGCUGAAGGCUCUCCAGAAGAGACUCGAAUUCCUAAACAUCCAGGAAGAAUAUAUCAAAGACGAACAGAAGAACCUGAAGCGAGAAUUCUACCGCGCGCGAGAGGAGCUGAAACGCAUACAGAGCGUUCCUCUCGUUAUUGGGCAGUUCAUGGAACUUAUCAACGCCAAUGAAGGCAUCGUCGCCAGCACUGCCGGAAGCAGCUACGUCGUCCGUAUUCUCUCGACCCUCAACAGGCAAGAAAGACGCAUAGAGCUCCUCAAGACAGGAUGCAGCGUCGCCCUUCACCGCCACUCUCACUCGGUUGUCGACAUUCUGCCUCCGGAGGCCGACUCCACGAUCCAGACGCUUCAAAUGCAAGAAAAACCCGAUGUCACGUAUUCGGAUAUCGGAGGCAUGGACAUCCAGAAGCAAGAAAUCCGCGAAGCUGUGGAGCUGCCUUUGACGUGUCCGGAGCUCUACCAGCAAAUUGGCAUUGACCCGCCCACUGGUGUCCUUCUCUAUGGACCUCCAGGAACAGGCAAAACCAUGCUAGCCAAGGCUGUGGCCAACAACACAACUGCGACGUUCAUUCGCGUUGUCGGCAGCGAAUUCGUGCAAAAAUAUUUAGGAGAGGGUCCGCGCAUGGUUCGCGACGUCUUCAGAUUGGCGCGCGAGAAUUCCCCUGCGAUCGUCUUCAUCGAUGAAGUCGACGCCAUUGCAACCAAGCGCUUCGAUGCUCAGACAGGAGCCGAUCGUGAAGUGCAGCGCAUCCUUCUGGAGCUUCUCAAUCAAAUGGACGGCUUCGAUCAAACCACUACAGUCAAGGUGAUUAUGGCGACAAACCGCGCUGACACUCUGGACCCGGCUCUCCUGCGUCCUGGACGCCUGGACCGAAAAAUCGAAUUUCCUCUACCGGACAGGCGCCAACGGCGUUUAAUUUUUCAAACGAUCACAGCCAAGAUGAAUCUCUCUGAUGAGGUCGAUCUCGAAGACUACGUGUCGAGACCGGAGAAGGUGUCGGCAGCUGAUAUCGCGGCGAUCUGCCAGGAGGCGGGUAUGCAAGCUGUGCGGAAGAACCGAUACGUCAUUCUGCCGAAGGAUUUCGAGAAGGGCUGGAAGGCGCACGUGCGCAAGCACGAACGCGACUUCGACUUUUAUAGCUUCUAA